AUGGCUGUAAUACAUGUUAAAUUGGCAGUGUUUUCAUUUCUCUUUGGUUUGGCUUUAACUAAAACUUGCGAUACACUUUUUGGAAACCCAACCCAAGCAAGGAAUCAAGAUCGAAUUUUUGCAGGAAAGCGCAUUUCGUCUGACAUGAUUCCAGCAUAUGUCCUCGAUGGCAUAUUCACCGUUACUGGUUGCCUGGACAGUUGUUUACGGUUUUAUCACUGCACCUCCUUCGAUUUCAUGCAAUCCUCAAAAUUUAAUGGGAGGAUCUGUAAGAUUUACGGCGGUAACCAACAGAAUGUGCGUUUGGCGUCCAAGCGCGAUUGGAUCCAUUUUAACAUGAGUUCUGCAUUUUUAAGACAGCCCAAGGCUUUUGUCUACUCAACGAAGCAACCACAAAAUCACUUAUUUAUUUAUCAGUCUUUCCAGUCAAGUAUCUCCAAUUAUCUAAAAAUGGCUACCACAGGCUUUUUGAAAGUUUCCUGGCUUUUAUUGUAUUGUGUCAUGUCAUCAACUCGAAUCAACAAUUCCUGUCAACAGAAUGGACUAUUAAGGUUUAAAGAAAUCAUUGAUAGCAAUAGAAUUGGUGGACAUCGAUUAGCAGACAUGAACAUGAUUGUUUUUGAAAAAGAUGUGUUUACUAACCUACAGUGCUUAGAUCUUUGCUUGAGAAUUAAAUUUUGCGCAUCUAUUGAUAUAAAAAAACAGAAUACACAGAGAAGUUGCAAAGUAAACCGCGCAAAUCCAAAGUAUUUUAUCAUAGAAAACGACGACUGGACACAUAUAAAUGUGAGUUCAAGGGCGUUAGAGGAGAUUCUUGCGUCGGCAGAAAACGAAUGCAAAGAGAAAGACACAGAUGAAGCGGGUUCCACUUUAGAACUUUCGUCACAAACGCCGACUGCUGUGUCACUGGAUGAGUAUUGCAAGACCAAAGCACUAACUGUUGAUUCAUGUACUCAGAAGAAGAAGCAGAGAAACUGUAGCGGAGUCUGGGAGGCUCGAAUUCUUGCAAAUGGAUGGUGUUGUGUUGACCCAGAAAGUUCAAGCCAACACUGUUGCUGUCCUAUCCCACAGUAGAUACCUAUGCUACAUUCAUUUCACAUCCUGUUCUACUUUGGAGCCCUUUUUAGAGACUGCAGUGGGAGGCUUACCAUCUGCCUGACAUUAAUUAUAAACACACAAAGCAUUGCUACUUAAAAGAAAUUUCAAGCGCCUUUUUUUUCUGUAAGCAUGUGUAAUUACUUUUUUUUCAAAAAUAUUUGUUUCGAAGGAUUAAUUAGCUUAAAAGAAAAAUAAUACUACCGAAAUUGAAAGAGAACUAACAUCAAAAGAAAGACAUGCUAGCUAUUUGCCUGUACAAAGCCGGCUAUUAUUGUACCAUGUUGUUUGAAAGCGCGCUCUGAAGAAGGGCUAACGUUUGAAAAGUCAGCUUUGAAAAUCUUAACGGUGGUCAAUUGACGCUAUCAACUCAGUUGAUAAUACCAAAUUGCUUUUUUAUACUCUCUGACCGACGUGGCACCACAGUUUCUUUAGAAACUCACCUCCCUUAUUGUUUGAAAGAUGUCACAAUAGGACUUAGCAUGUUUACGUCGGAAAAUCAAAUUUCCUCUACGCCCACGCGUAUAAGGUGCAGUAUGGUAAAUUUUUUGAAGAGAAUUUUCCCAAAGCACUGAAACCAAAAGAGCAGCGUAUCCACGUAGAAAGAACAAGAAAGUCGAAAUAAUUUAUAAAAAUACUAUUGUAAACGAGGCUUGAGAGAAUUUUCAACAAAUGACGCCAUCUUGUUUAAGGGCUAAUUUUUCAAAGUGAACUUAUCCGUGACACAUUUCAUUCUAAAAGCAUUAAUAAAACAUUCAAAGCUUAACAAGCAAAUC